AAAUUGAAGAUAGAAAUUGAUUUUUUUUCCCCCUUUUUUUCACAGGCACCAUUAUUUUUCUUCCAGCCGAGUUUUGUCACACUUAACCUACUCUAAUUUCUGUUAAAUUUCCGAAAAAAUGUCAGAUAAACGGGUAUCGCCAACCUUGCUCGAUUUGCCUCUGGAAAUAGCUAACAAAGUUUUUGAAGAGCUUACACUGAAGGAGCUAUUAAAUUGCCGUAAGGUCUGUCGAAGCUUGAGAGCCGCCGUUAUCGAAUUCAAAAUAAACCUCGAAUGGAUCACAAUACAUCUUGAAUCCUUUAUUGAAAUUAAUUUCCAUAAUCGAGAAGAAAAAUAUUGUACCAAGUACGCUGAAGCUUCAAAUGAUAGUACAAUUCUAACCCAUAAUAAACUGGAAAAAAAUUUCGACGGAGAAAAUUACUUGAAAUUUGCACUGAAGGAUUUGGAGACUGUCUUGAAGCACGUUUCAAUUUUAUAUAUCACUAAUAAAAAUGAAUCCGGAUACCAACAAAACUAUAGCGAACCUCUAAUUGAUCUGUUGAAAGUUAAGAAGCCAGUCUAUGUAGAGGAACUCAGACUGAAUGGAUUUGAAUUCAAUGAUGUUCUGAAAAUUCUUCCCUACUUUAACUCCAAAUUUCUGAAUGAUAUCCGCUUGUAUGAUAUGAAAAUCAAUGAGGAAUUCGAGAAAAUCACAUAUUUGGAGCAGUGGAAACUUACCAAAUCCUUCAAGUAUUUUGGUGAACCGCUCGAGAAUAUUCCGCUCGAAAAACUUUUUCACUUCGAGUUUUUCCGUAUCAUCCUCAAAACUUUUUCAGAAAACGAUGCGAUUCAAAUUCGAGAUGAUCUACUGAAAAAAAGUACAUUUCGGGGUUGCAGUAUCAGUUAUCAAGAUGGAAAGUUUGGGGAAAUUGCACGAGUUUUUAAGCCGGAGUAUGCCGAUGGACAGGAAUGCGAAUAUAAAAAUAAUAAUGCCACAUUCAGAAUUGUUGUUGAGUGUUAUUCAUUUUCCUGUUACAUCUGUGAAUAAAAAUGUUUUUGGUACU